GCCCAGUUUGUGCAUUUUUCAUGCAGUUGUGUUUUUCCAUGUGGAGUUGGGGGGAAAGGUUUGUUUUUAUUGAUCAGCACUUUGAGCUGCUUUUAGUAUGAAGGACGCUUUAUAAAUAAAAUUGAUUGAUUGAUUGUUGAUGGUCACUGUGACAUGUCAGCUAGUUCGCCAUAUUGGAAGUGGCAAGGCUUCUCUUUUUUCACUUAAAAUUAUUAUUUUUUUUUUUUAAGUCAAACUCUGAACAACCUUUAUGGCUCCAAUGUAGCUCCAUACUCCCGUCGGCAAACAGUUUCAGCGGAGCUUCCGUAUCCCUUUAAGACUCCUCUGUGGGUGGAGUUAGUGACUUCUUUUCAACUUGGGCUCUUCCUUUCGGUCUUGUAUUUAACGGGCUGUCAGUUGUAGUCAUGAAGUUUUCCAGGGACUAAACAUGAGGUCUCAAGUGGACUGUCUCCUGACCACCGCCGGGCUGCCUCUGUUCCUGGUCGACAUCUGUCUGGACGUCCUGGCUGCUGUGGAGUUUUACAGGGAGGGAUCGUACCUGAGCCUCGGUGUGCUGCUGGUGCUGCUCAUUGGCUCCUCGGUGCUGGUUCAGCUCUACAGCUGGCUCUGGUACAGCUAUGAUCAUUUUGAGAUGAAGACCAGAGUGGAGGAGUCCGCGAAGCCUGGCCUCGCGGUUCUGCACUGGGUCCAGCUGGGGAUCUACGUCAGACAUGCAGCCGUCAUGGAGACGUCUGUGAAGAGCUGCUGCUCCGACUGCGACAGCCAGGAGGAAGACAAGACGGCGUUCCUGAACCAGGACCUGAGCAUGCUGCGGAUCAUCGAGACCUUCUCGGAAAGCGCGCCUCAGAUCGUCCUGAUGCUGGCCGUCCUCCUGCAGGACGGGUCGCUGGAGCCGUUCCAAGUGUUGAAGACCUUCGGCUCGCUGUCGGCCGUGGCGUACUGCGUCACCACCUACCACCGCUGCAUACGCUCCUUCCUGCCGGAGAAGGAGGAGCAGUCGGUUCUGUCCUCGCUGGUCUUCUUCGCCUGGAACCUGCUGCUCCUGGCCGCCCGCAUCGUGGCCCUCGCCCUCUUCGCCUCCGUGUUUCCCUGCUUCAUCUUCACACACUUCGUCUGCUCCUGGCUGCUCUUCUGCUACUUCGCCUGGUGGGCCGACACAAACUUCAUGGAGAGCGUGGGCGGGGAGUGGCUGUACCGGGCCACCGUGGGGCUCAUCUGGUACUUCGACUGGUUCAACGUGGUGGACGGGAAGACUAGGAACCGGGCCAUCUUGUACCACGCCUGGAUCCUGCUGGACAUCUCUGUCCUCUGUGGUCUGUGGUUCUGGAAGAUGAGCUGGGAUCCUCCUGGCUUUGAGCUGUCCCGUCUGCAGGGGGCCAUCGUUUGGGGCGCCGUGGUCGCCGGCUACGCCUUGGGUUUGGGUCUGAGGAUCGUUUACUACACCUGCUUCCAUCCAAAGUUGAACAAACAGGAUCUGAUAGGAGGCGGCGUGACGACGCAGAGCGACGAAGUGGACUCCCCGGCCAUGUUUCGUUCAGCGCCCAGAACCCCCAGCGGGCCGAGCCGCCCGCCGCUCCACAACAAGAGGAUGAAGAAACUGGCUGAGAACUUUUACUCUUCAUCCGCUGAUGGUGCUCAGGUCUGAAACCUGCAGCUUCAGGUUGAACUGGACUUUAACUAGGCCGUUUGUCCUCCAGCAUCAGCCUCAGAACCAGAACCCGACCUGCUCCUUUAAAUCCCAGGAGAAGAAAGUCCACCAGGUCCAGGACAAAUGUUCUGGUUCUGGUGCUACAUUAGGUUCUCUCACCUUGGAAUUCCUGCAGCAUUCCAGGCUCACUGCGUUGAGCCGGACCGGUUCUGACUCGUCUCUCAGUGUCGGGAGGCGGGUCGGAACCACGACCCAGCCGGGCUCAGAAAUCUAAAAGAUGGGAUAAUUUAUUCGUCUUGUUUUCUGUUGUGGAUACAUUUAAAAAAGAUCAAAUGUUUUGUCAUUUUGCUGUCAGUUUUAUUCUAGUUUGUAAAACUAGAAGAUCAGUUUAUAAACUGAAGGUUUCUAAAGAUGGACGUCCAACAGAUGAACCCGAUUGUCUCUGAUGAUGGAGGCAGAACCAGAGAUUCACCGUCGGACUUGUGAUGGUUUUUAUUUAUGGAUUUAGUUUCUUUGUGUUCAGCAGGCAGACGCUCCAUGUCUCUGGUUGAUGUUAGCAUUCACAGUUAGCAUCCUCAGUAACUGGGCAAAACCAGUUACUGAGUCACACUCAGUUUCAGGGCAAAACCAGGUCAAAGUUCACCACAUGGAGGAAGCAGAGAAGAAAUGAUUCCCAUCAUUUCAGGUGGAUUUUUAUCCCGUCAGGCCAGCAGGAACAGGAAACAUGUUCUCUGGUUUAGAACCUCUGAUCCGGUUUCCAGUGAAAUGGACCAGCAGAACCAGCAGAACCAGCAGAAGUUCCUCUUCCAGCAUCGCUGCUGCCGACGUUUCAUCCAUCCUGUUAGUCGACGUGUUUACAGGACAAACCAGCUGCAGUUUGGAUUUUUCAUGGAAAAACUUUAUAUUUUUGUGGUUUAGAAACACGCAGACUGUAAAAUAAAUUAAAAAUAAAUCAAAUAAAAUGAUGGAGCUCAGAGUUCUGAUGUCGGCCCACCGGCAGUCUGCUCCAAACUCA